UCUUUGAUUCAAAACAUGGAUAUGGCGACGAAGUGGUGUGAUAUGCCGGAAUGGAUGUUGGAGGAAAUAUUUUCAUGGCUGCCUCCGGAGCAUUUGAUGCGUUUCAAAUGCGUGAGUAAGUCUUGGUAUAGUCUUAUCAUAUUACUUGUGAAAAACCCAAUUUUCGUGAAGAAGCACCUUGGCAAUAUUUACAGCAACAACAAGAUGCCCUCUACUAGGAAUUUAGUUUUCUGUUGCUAUCGACCUGGUUACUGGCCUAAUCCGGAUUUGGAAUUUUGGAGCCCUUAUGAACUUUACUCAUUGGUUACUAUGUACAAUGAUGAUAAUGAGAGUAAUGAUGUUUUUAUUUAUGUCAGUGAGAGUUUUGAUAUGCCAAUUCCUCGGACUGAAUUGGAUAUGUCUUGUGUGUUGGGGUGUCACUGUAAUGGGAUCAUUUGUCUUUGUGGUUCUCACAAAGCAAUACUGUUAUGCAACCUUGCAAUGAAAGAAUUCAGAACUCUUCCGAAACCGUAUCCACCUCUUGGUGACUUUGUGUUUGUGGUGGUAGGAAUAGGAUUUUACUAUGACUCCAGAGUAAAUGAUUACAAAGUCAUUAGAUUUGGGUGUGAGAGGUUGUUUCCUGGUAGUGUAGUGAAUCCCAAACCCAGGGCUGACAUAUAUAGUAUGGCCACUGAUUCUUGGAGAAGGGUUGAGACUCAGUUGGAAUUUGAUGGUCUUCCAUAUCCUGGGGAGCAAGUAUUUUGCAAAGGAGUUUUCUACUGGUCUAUGUGGACUAGUGCCUACUUUAUCAUUUCUUUUGAUGUAUUUGAUGAGGGACUCUGCAGAAUACCAUUGCCAGAUAGUCUUUUUGAGACACAAAUUGAACAGCUUAAACUAGCUUUGUGGAAUGAAUCUGUUGUCUUGUUUUUCUAUCCUGGAGAAAGAGGGUCUCCAAUUUCGAUUCAAGUAUGGGAAUUGGAUGACUGCCAUGGAGGUGUUAAGGGCUCUUGUUCUUGGAUAAAGAAACUAAUCAUUGGACCGCUGGUGGACGUUGUGACUCCAUGGACGUUCUGGAAGAGUGACGAGCUCCUCUUAGAAGCCACUGGUGGUGGGUUAGUCUCAUACAAUCUUAGCAGCCAAAUGCUGAGAAAUCUUACUAUUCCAGAGGCAGGAAGAAUAGUGCGUUGGGAAUUUUCAUAUGUGAAGAGUUUGGUUUCAGUACAUGGUGAGGAACAAGCCGGUUGAAUUAUUGAUGCUCGGUUCGGAUUCGUGUGAAGAGACAAAACUAGACUCAAACUGUAGUAAAUCUAAAAACAAUUUGCUAACUUUCUGCAGAAUAGGUUAUAGUUAUAGGUUGUUUUCCCUUUCAACAAUGUUAUGUUUGUCUAAGGUUUGUUGUAUUUACAUCAGUUUGUAGAGGAGAGAGUGUUCAUUGACAGGGUUUUGCCAUCCUAGAAAGGCCAUAUGCUCAUAUGCCAAUGCUAUCAACCACAUCACAAGAGUUACAAAGAACAAGAUCAAUCAACAUAACUUGGAAGCAGAACACAAGAAUUGAUUGGAGUUUGGUCUAUUGGAACCCAACUUUUGCAUUAAUAAAACUAUAACACAAUUUACAAUAGUUCACAGCAGAGAAACAGCCAUAUUCACAGAACCCUCUUAAUUAUUUUUCUUGUUGUAUGAAUGGACUGAUUUUUAAA